AUGGAUUUUGGACCCACAGGUAGCUACCUGUUGAAAUUGACCAAUUUUGCCUUUUUUCAAAAUCCAAAUUUUGAUGCUUCACCACGGCCAAACCAGUUAAGGUCAGGGUGCUCAAUAGUGGUUUUUACUUUUGAGUUAAUACACCAUGGUUGGAUACCAUUCCUGUUUAGUGUUUCGAGUAUAGAAGCUCGUCUUCAGCUACGGACAACAUGGUUAGAUAUGGUGUGCAACCUAGGUUUUUGGAGGUGUAUACAAAUAGAGUUUCAUUAUAUAAGAAUAAAGUGCUUAUGGUGUGGCAUGGAAGCUCCUCGUACUCUGGAUCGUAGUAAGGAGAAGAGUGUGACUCAACGCAACGAUGCAUCCAAUCAAAAGUGA